ACAGAACGUGUCUCUUUGCAGUCGAGGCUCAGUUUUAACUCGGUCAAAAAAUUAGAACAAACAAAAAGACCAACAUAAAUAGUUGAUACAUUUUUGGAGAUCAUAGAAUAUCAGGGAGAAUAUCACGGCGAUGUUCAGGUUGGCGUUAAGGCCUGAUAAUUUUAUUAAAAUUAUAAAAGUGUGAAAAUAAAUCGCACGUGAGUAUCCGAGCGCUAAAUUCUAACGAUCAUAUUGUAAUCAAGACUGUGAGAAAAAAUAAAAGGGUGGAAAAAUGGACGAGAAAACGAUCGACUCAAUUUUUUCGGGAUCUUUGAAAUCCCUGCCCCCCGUGAGUUCCAAAAUUGUGAGAAUAUUCACCAGUUCAACAUUCACAGAUACGACAAUGGAAAGAAAUACUUUAAUGGCUCAAUGUUAUCCGAAACUAAAAGAUUACUGCAGAGAAAAACACGGUUUGGAAUUUCAGGUUGUAGACAUGAGAUGGGGAGUAAGGGAUGAAGCAACCGACGAUCACAUGACUACGGAAUUGUGCAUGAGGGAAAUUGAGAAUUGCCAACGUCUUUCUAUGGGACCCAAUUUCGUGGUUUUCUUAGGGCAGAAAUAUGGGUAUCGUCCUAUUCCGACGUAUGUUUUGAGUUCGGAACUUGAAAUGUUAAGAACGGAAUUGGAGAGCCAAGGAAUGGACGUUAUCGUGCUGGAUACUUGGUAUAAAAAAGACAGCAAUGCUGUGCCACCUACUAGCGUGUUGCAGCCGAUAUCAUCGAUCUUAAAAAACUUCAACAACAAAAGAAUCCCAAAACUGCAACAAGAAGAUCAAGCUAUCUGGUGGGACACGAUGACAAAAAUGCAAAAACUGUUCAGAAAGGGUGCACAAUCUUUGUACAAUUCUGGAAAAUUCGACAAGGACACUAUGCAUAAUUAUUUUAUGUCAGUUACCGAAAGAGAGGUGAUAAACGGUAUUCUGAACGUAAAAAACACGAAGAAUCAUUGCCUGGCCUACGUCAGAUACAUAAACAACAUAAAUCUUCAAAAUCUACGAAAAGCUGGACUUUUUCUCGACAUUUUAAACCGAAGUUUAGACAACGAAGCUUCAAGACUACUCGCCGAUCUCAGGGACGAACGAUUACCGAAUAAAAUCGAGAGCGUUAACUUACAGAGGUAUACCGUCGAAUGGAUCGGGCGAGAGGGUUUGGAUCCUGAAACUCACGGCGCGUAUCUACAGCAUUUUCUGACACACUUUUACAGAAAUAUGGUAAAACUGGUCGAUCGAGCUAUGCGAAAAGAAGAUAGUUCGGCACAGGGUCAAAUAAUAACAGAAAUAUUGCAGCAUCUUCACGCCUGCAAUAAUUCCGUGAAGGUAUUUUACGGCAGAGAAGACACUCUGGAAAGAAUAAAAGCCUACAUGCUGGACGAGGGCGAAAAACCGUUGGUUUUAUACGGCGAGGGUGGUUGCGGAAAAACUUCACUUUUAGCAAAAAGUGCGGGUUUGACUCACACGACUUGGUUGGCUGGUAAAAAACCCAUAAGUAUAAUAAGAUUCCUCGGUACAACACCGGACAGCAGUGCCUUGACUCCAACACUAAUUUCCAUUUGUCAACAGAUUUCUUACAACUUUAUGCUACCGUUCGAGGAUAUUCCGGAUGAUCUUGUACCAUUGACAGCGCAUUUCAAGCAUCUUUUGACACUCGCGAGUCCCGAACAACCGAUUUUAUUAUUUUUAGACAGUGUCGAUCAGUUGACGGGAACCCAAGGGAAUAAACUGUCGUGGCUACCGACCAGACUGCCCCACAAUUGCAAGAUGAUCCUUUCCUGCGCGGCGGAGGAAACGAAUCCAACGAUAUCAAGGGAUUAUCAUUUAUUACGUCGUAUGAUCGAUACGGAAGAAAGUUUUAUAGAAGUUACAGCGCUGGGCGAAGACCUUGCGAUGGACGUUAUAAGAAUGUGGAUGAAAACCGCGCACCGUGAUUUGAACAACUAUCAAUGGCGACUUGUAGCGAACGCCAUAGCGAAAUGUUCGCUUCCAAUAUUCGUGAAACUUGUAUUCGCUGAAAUUUGUCGAUGGCGUAGCUACACAAAACCGGCGGAUACACAUCUGGCGAGUACAGUAAUGGACAGCAUAAUGAUGUUAUUUGAGAGAAUUGAAAAACAGCACGGUAGAAUUCUCGUAUUUCAUGCACUGGCGUAUAUAACGGCGGCGAAAUCGGGCCUCUCCGAAUCAGAACUUGAGGAUUUAAUCUCACUCGACGACAAAGUAUUGGACGACGUUUAUCAAUACCAUUUACCACCCGUGAGAAGAAUACCGCCGCUUUUAUGGACGAGAAUAAGAAACGAUCUUCCGAACUAUCUUAGCGAACGAGAAGCCGAUGGAGUUAGCGUGAUGAAUUGGUACCACAGACAAUUUAGAGAUACAGCUAAGGAGAGAUAUUUCAAAAAUAUGAACAUGGCCAUGUAUUUUCACUCGAUGAUCGCAGAUUAUUACCUCGGUAUUUGGGGCGGUGGUAAACCAAAACCUUUCAAGUACACCGAAAUUCAAAGACACAGGUUCAAUCUCACGGAUAAGGAAGGUAUCGCCGAUCGGAAGGUCCCCGAACAACCCCUCGCGUUUUAUUCAAAAGAAGGAAAACUUUCCAGAUACAACCUUAGAAAGUUCGGAGAACUUCCUUACCACCUAGUCAGAGCUCGUAGAUUCAAGGACUUGUUCGAAAAUGUCCUCUUCAACUACGAAUGGCUCCACGCAAAGCUUAGCUCAUGUCCUCUGCAAGCGGUUCUAUCAGAUUUCGAAGACGCUUGCAAUAAUAUCGACGAUCAGAACCUAGUGAGAGAGCUAAUGCUGGUCGCUGAUGCCCUUCGACUCGGUGGAGCGAUACUUGGGAACCAUCCCGACAUGUUGGCCCCUCAACUAGUGGGUCGUUUGUUGCCGGAAAUAGGAGGUAACGUGAAUGUCAGGAUGUUACUAAUGGCCUGCGACAAAGACGGGGCGAAAAAUUGCGCCCUACUUCCUCUUUACCAUUGUCUACACACCCCCGGUGGGCCGCUCAAGUACUCUCUGGAAGGGCAUCAGUUCGCGGUAUUCGGUUUUUGCUUGACGUCAGAUUUUCGUUACAUAGUUUCGAUAUCGAACAGAUUUAUAACGUGGGAUUUGAGCACGAGCGAUAUGACGAGGGAUGUCAACCCCGGAAUCGAAGGGAUAAUGCAACAGCUGGUACUCAGUCCCGAUAACAGAUACGCUGCUGCUUAUACGAACAAUAAUCAGAUCGUUGUUCUAAAUACUUUGACGAGUGAGUUCGUGACGAUAAGUAACCCUUUACCGAACGACCAGCCGGUCUACGGAACGCAUUUGAUGAACCAGUACGUUUUUAUUUACGGAAAAAUGGGAUGGUGCAAGUUUGAUUUGAGGGGAAAUUUACUGAGUAAUCACACGACCCCCGAAGAUUCAAAUCAAUGGCCGAUACUACAUCUGGAGUACUCGACUUUAGACGAAUACAGAAUAAUAUUCUGGUCGGGGAACUUAGAGGAUUCCGCGAUGCUACUGCACUCCUAUCGUCCCAAGGGAGCCUUGGAUCCUUUCGGAUUUCACAGCGCUAUGGUGAUGACUAAUGAUAAGAACACGCUCUACGCUUGUACGACAAAGAAUGAUUUUAGAGUGACAAAAUACAUCUGCGAAGAUAGUUCGUCGUACUGGGAAAAAGCUUUGGAAAUGCCCAGAGCACACAACGACGAUGUCGAAUAUCUCCUGCAAUUGAAACUGGACCGCGACGAGGAGACUCUUUUGGCUACAUCGGGCAAUGGUUUUGUCGUGUGGUUUUUGGAGAGUAAAAGUGAUGCGAUUGUUCUAAUGCUACCGAAUGGUAUAAGGAAUAUUAGUACAAGAAUGAUGUGUUCUAAUUCAAUUAUGAUCAGCGGUACGAAAAACUACGCGGUAGCAGGAGUGAGAAAAAACCUUUAUGUUUGGAGUCUGGAAACUUCAGCAUUGGUCAAAGUCCUCGACGCACACUUUGCCAGGAUCAUUCAACUCGAGCCAUUAACUAUCGGUAAUUGGAAUAGCGUUAUCACAUCCAGUAUCGAUAGAAGUGUGAAAGUAUGGAAUAUCAACAAUAUAUUUGAACAAGUUCAUGUAAUCGACAGACAUGAGCUACAGAUAGACUCGAUCAGUUUGGCUGAGCACUGCAAUCUAGCAGCAACGGUAACAAGAGGAUGUGUCGGAGUUUGGAAUUUACAGUCGGGUCGGUUGAUUUCCAAAUUAGCGGAUAGCCCUCUGGGAGCAAUAGUAACACAUGCUUGCGUUACCCACAAUGGAAAGUAUAUCAUCUCUACCGAGUCUGGCAAUGUACUCAUAUGGAACAGAAUAACUGAGCAGGUGCUCUUUAAAGAAGAACAACCAGGCGUUAGACAACUGACACUCAUUCCAGAUACGAAUAAAUUUCUCGCGGUUUCAAGACCUAGCAACCCCCCAGGAGUGGAAAGUGUUAGAACAACAGCAACUCUUGUUGUAAGGAGUAUUCCGGAUGGGAGAACGAUGUUCUCUUUGGAAUAUCCGGUCAAAAGUCAUACCGGAGUACCAUUUAGACAAGCUGUCUUUACCUCUGACGGAGCACAUUUGGUUGUGCCUGCGGCAGACAAGGGGAAUCGGGACUGCGUGAUAGUUUAUAAUGCAAAAACAGGAGUCCUGAUUAACAGGAUACCAAUAAAAAUUCCAGGAUUGAAGGACAUCACAACCCUGGUGCCCAUGCCACACCGAGCACAUUGGGUAGGUAUAAUUGGUUCUGAUAAGGGCAGUAUCAUGGAUAUCAAUAAAAAGAAGAUUAUAAGAACUGUGCCAAAGUGGAGCGGAAGCAUAAGUAAGGAUGGUAAACACACUUUGUAUGCUCCGAGCAGAGGUGGCUUGGAUCUUAUAGAAUUAAAAAAGGGAACGACAGUAAAGACUUACAUCCCUAAAGUUGCGGAGGGUGUUUUCACAGUGAUUUCUAUGUUUAAUCGAACAGAUGAGUAUGUUCUUUAUUAUCACAGUGGGCGUAAGACUAUCAGAGUUUUCAGAUCAUCGGACUGCGAAAUGAUAGCAAACUACCGCGUUCAAGCUGAGCUGACUGCAAUUGACAGCACUUAUGAUGGCAACAGUAUAGUUUUGGGAACGGUUGACGGGUGUGUUUCAGUGCUGGCUAUUGCUGACCCUCAAAAACCAGAAAUGAAGGACUUUCUAUCUAAUCUACCAUCGAGAGACGAACAGUGGAAGAAAAAAAUGGAAAAACAGCGUGCAGCUACGAAGUUUAAAGCUGCAGCUAGAAUCGCUCGAGUCACUCACGAUCUGGUUCACAUAGUUCGCCAGAAUAACGCUUUCGUCGAAGGAAGUAAUGAGAUUUCAGAGGAAGAACCUGAGUAAAAAGCAUUCCUAUUCCAAAUAUUAUAGAACCUAUCAGUACCCGCAUACCAAUAUUUAAAAUAAAUGUUUUUCAAUUAUUCAUCUAAACAACAAUUUUCCGAAACGACAUGAGGCUUGGAAUAUCAGUAAAUGGGAAAGAGCGAGUAUAAUCUUUGUUGUAAUACGGAAUUUAUAUUAAAUUUAUUUCUGUCUUUUAGCGAAUGAAUUUUAUAAUAUUUCUCUUUUUGUUUUAUUAUUAUAUCUCCCCUUCUCUUUUUCACCCUUAAUCUUUAAUCUUUCAACAUCUAUCCUUCGCCCUUCGCCUCAGCUAUUCGCAUUUAAACGACGAAGACGACGGCGCAAAACCAAACAUACCAACAACUUAAUCGCAGGUGUGACUACGGUGGGCAAUAAUGU